AGAGCUCAAGGGGAAUGUGGGGGGUGGGGGGUCCCAGUGGUGUUAUGGAAGUUCUGGGGGGAGUCCCAGUGGGUCAUAGAGGUGGUGAGGAGAGUCCCAAAGGGGAUGUGGGGGGUCUGGGGGCAUCUGAGGGGCUAUGGGACGUCUUUAGGAAGAUUUGGGAAUGGGGGGUUUCCUCAAAGGUGUGUGGGGGGGUCUCAGUAUAUUGGGGGGGGGGUCAUUGCUCACCCCACUGACAAACCCUCCCCCACAGGCCCCCCCAAGGGGCUGUCACCUUUGGCCGAAGCCAUGGGGCAGCCCCUGGGGUGGUCAGGAACAGAAAGCAACGGGGGGGUAACAGACGGUGGGACCCCCCCGGGGCAACGGCACCGCCGUCCCCCCCACACCAAACACAAGGGACAGGGAACAGGGGGGGUCCAUCGCUCCCCCCGCGCCCUGUUCUGCCUCCGCCUCAACAACCCCAUCCGCAGAGCAGCCAUCAGCAUCGUGGAGUGGAAGCCCUUCGACAUCCUCAUCCUCGCCACCAUCUUUGCCAACUGUGUGGCGCUGGGGGUCUACAUCCCCUUCCCUGAGGAUGACUCCAACGCUGCCAACCACAACCUGGAACAAGUGGAGUAUGUUUUCCUCAUCAUCUUCACGGUGGAGACGUUCCUGAAGAUCAUUGCCUACGGGCUGGUGCUGCACCCCAGCGCCUACAUCCGCAACGGCUGGAACCUCCUCGACUUCGUCAUCGUCAUCGUGGGGCUUUUCAGCGUCAUCCUGGAGCAGGUGUCCCACAAACCCGGUGAAGCUCACCACAUGAGCGGCAAACCGGGCGGCUUCGACGUCAAAGCUCUGCGCGCCUUCCGUGUCCUGCGGCCCCUCCGCCUCGUCUCCGGCGUUCCCAGCCUCCACAUCGUCCUCAACUCCAUCAUGAAGGCCAUGGUGCCGCUGCUGCACAUCGCCCUGCUGGUGCUGUUCGUCAUCAUCAUCUACGCCAUCAUCGGCCUCGAGCUCUUCAUCGGCCGCAUGCACAAGACCUGUUUCUUCAUUGGUUCUGACCUGGAAUCGGAGGACGACCCCUCCCCCUGUGCUUUUUCGGGGCACGGCCGGGCCUGCUUGCAGAACAACACGGAGUGCAGGGGCCGCUGGGAGGGCCCCAACGGUGGCAUCACCAACUUUGACAACUUCUUCUUCGCCAUGCUCACCGUCUUCCAGUGCAUCACCAUGGAGGGGUGGACCGAUGUCCUCUAUUGGAUGCAGGAUGCCAUGGGCCACGAGCUGCCCUGGAUUUACUUCGUCAGCCUCGUCAUCUUCGGCUCCUUCUUCGUCCUCAACUUGGUGCUGGGGGUGCUGAGCGGGGAGUUCUCCAAGGAACGUGAGAAGGCCAAAGCACGCGGUGACUUCCAGAAGCUGCGGGAGAAGCAGCAGCUGGAGGAGGACCUGCGGGGCUACAUGGACUGGAUCACGCAGGCUGAGGACCUGGAAGGGGAUGAGGACGAGCACGAGAAGCACCGCCUGACCGCCGAGGAGCUGAUGGGGAAGAGAAAACCUCGCCUCAAGUGGCUGCGCCACGCCAGCCACUCCACCGACACCCACGCCAGCCUCCCCGGCAGUGAGACGACGUCGGUGAACACCGAGACGGCAGGAGAGGAGGAGGCACAGCCCAACGCCUGCGACCGCUGCCUGGGCAAAAUUACCAAGACAAAAUUUUGGCGCCGCCUGCGCCGCCUGAACCGGGUUCUGCGCCGGCGGUGCCGCGGGGCGGUGAAAUCCGUUUCCUUCUACUGGACUGUGCUGCUCCUCGUCUUCCUCAACACCCUCACCAUCGCCUCCGAGCACCACGGGCAGCCCCAGUGGCUCACCGAGACGCAAGCCUACGCCAACAAAGCCCUGCUCUCCCUGUUUGCUGCCGAGAUGGUUCUGAAGCUGUACGCCCUGGGGCCCUCCUGCUACUUCGCCAGCUUCUUCAACCGCUUCGACUGCUUCGUGGUGUGCGGCGGGGUGUUGGAGACAGCGCUGGUGGAGCGCGGUGCCAUGGAGCCCCUGGGCAUCUCCGUGCUGCGCUGCGUGCGCCUGCUGAGAGUCUUCAAGGUCACCAGGCACUGGGCGUCGCUGAGCAACCUGGUGGGCUCGCUGCUGAACUCCAUGAAGUCCAUCGCGUCGCUGCUGCUGCUGCUCUUCCUCUUCAUCAUCAUCUUCGCACUGCUGGGCAUGCAGCUCUUCGGCGGCCGCUUCAGCUUCGACGAGACGCAGACCAAGCGCAGCACCUUCGACACCUUCCCCCAGGCCCUGCUCACCGUCUUCCAGAUCCUAACUGGGGAGGACUGGAACGCGGUGAUGUAUGAUGGGAUCAUGGCUUAUGGCGGGCCUGUCUUCCCUGGGAUGCUCGUCUGCGUCUACUUCGUCAUCCUCUUCAUCUGUGGGAACUGUGAGUGGGCACUGGGAACACUGGGAGCACUGGGAGGGGGCACUGGGAGCACUGUGGGAACUGUGAGGGAGUGGGGGGUGUACUGGGAGCACUGGGAGGUGCUGACCUGUGCUCUGGGCAGGCUGCGGGUGCGGUGCCACGCUCUCAUCCACCACCAUGUCUUCACCAACCUCAUCCUCGUCUUCAUCAUCCUCAGCAGCGUCUCGCUGGCCGCCGAGGACCCCGUGCGCGCCCACUCGCCCCGCAACCACAUCCUGGGCUACUUCGACUAUGCCUUCACCUCCAUCUUCACUGUGGAGAUCCUGCUGAAGAUGACGGCCUUCGGCGCCUUCCUGCACAAAGGCUCCUUCUGCCGCAACUGGUUCAACCUCCUCGACCUGCUGGUGGUCGGCGUCUCCCUCGUCUCCUUUGGCAUCCACUCCAGUGCCAUCUCAGUGGUGAAGAUCCUACGGGUUCUGCGCGUCCUGCGGCCCCUGCGAGCCAUCAACCGUGCCAAGGGCCUCAAGCACGUGGUGCAGUGCGUCUUCGUGGCCAUCCGCACCAUCGGCAACAUCAUGAUUGUCACCACGCUGCUGCAGUUCAUGUUUGCCUGCAUCGGGGUGCAGCUCUUCAAGGGCAAGUUCUACAGUUGCACCGAUGAGGCCAAGCACACACCUGGGGAGUGCAAGGGCACCUUCCUGGUGUACAAGGACGGGGACGUGUCCCACCCGUCGGUGCGCGAGCGCCUGUGGCACAACAGCGACUUCAACUUCGACAACGUGCUGGCAGGCAUGAUGGCCCUCUUCACCGUCUCCACCUUCGAGGGGUGGCCCGCGCUGCUGUACAAAGCCAUCGACGCCAACGCGGAGGACCAGGGCCCCAUCUACAACUACCGGGUGGAGAUCUCCAUCUUCUUCAUCGUCUACAUCAUCGUCAUCGCCUUCUUCAUGAUGAACAUCUUCGUCGGCUUCGUCAUCAUCACCUUCCGUGCCCAGGGCGAGAGCGAGUACCGCAACUGCGAGCUGGACAAGAACCAGCGGCAGUGUGUGGAGUACGCGCUGAAGGCGCAGCCGCUGCGGCGCUACAUCCCCAAGAAUCGCACCCAGUACCGCGUCUGGGCCAUGGUCAACUCCACUGCCUUCGAGUACAUCAUGUUCGUCCUCAUCCUGCUCAACACCAUCGCCCUGGCUGUGCAGCACUAUGAGCAAUCCAAGCCCUUCAACUACGUGAUGGACCUUCUCAACAUGGUGUUCACUGGGCUCUUCACCGUGGAGAUGGUGCUCAAGAUCAUCGCCUUCAAACCACGGCAUUACUUCUGUGAUGCCUGGAACACCUUUGAUGCCCUCAUCGUGGUGGGCAGUGUGGUGGACAUCGCCGUCACUGAGGUCAACAACGGGGGUCACGUCGGUGAGAGCUCAGAGGACAGCUCCCGCAUCUCCAUCACCUUUUUCCGCCUGUUCCGUGUCAUGAGGUUGGUGAAGCUGUUGUCCAAAGGCGAGGGCAUCCGCACGCUGCUCUGGACCUUCGUCAAGUCCUUCCAGGCCUUGCCCUACGUCGCGCUGCUCAUCGCCAUGAUCUUCUUCAUCUACGCCGUCAUUGGCAUGCAGACCUUUGGGAAGGUGGCCCUGCAGGAUGGAACCCAGAUCAACCGUAACAACAACUUCCAGACCUUCCCCCAGGCCGUGCUGCUGCUCUUCAGGUGUGCCACGGGGGAGGCCUGGCAGGAGAUCAUGCUGGCCAGCCUGCCCGGCAAGCGCUGCGACCCCGAGUCGGACGCGGGACCCGGCGAGGAGUUCACCUGCGGCAGCAACUUCGCCAUCGUCUACUUCAUCAGCUUCUUCAUGCUCUGCGCCUUCCUGAUCAUCAACCUCUUCGUGGCCGUCAUCAUGGACAACUUCGACUACCUGACACGGGACUGGUCCAUCCUCGGCCCCCACCACCUGGAUGAGUUCAAGCGAGUCUGGUCCGAGUACGACCCUGCUGCCAGGGGCCGCAUCAAGCACCUGGACGUGGUGACGCUGCUGCGCCGCAUCCAACCCCCGCUGGGCUUUGGGAAGCUGUGCCCGCACCGUGUCGCCUGCAAGCGCCUGGUGGCCAUGAACAUGCCCCUCAACUCGGAUGGCACCGUCACCUUCAACGCCACGCUGUUCGCCCUGGUCCGCACCUCCCUCAAGAUCAAGACGGAAGGGAACCUGGAUGUGGCCAACAAGGAGCUGAGGGCUGUCAUCAAGAAGAUCUGGAAGCGGACGAAGCCCAAGCUGCUGGAUGAGGUCAUCCCGCCUCCUGAGGAGGAGGAGGUGACCGUGGGGAAGUUCUACGCCACUUUCCUCAUCCAGGAUUAUUUCCGCAAGUUCCGGCGGCGGAAGGAGCGCGGGAUGCUGGGCCCCAGCGCCAGCCCCAGCAACGAACGCGCCCUGCAGGCCGGGCUGCAGACCCUGCAGGCGUUGGGCCCCGAAAUGCGGCGGGCGCUGAGCUGUGACCUGGGGGAGGACGGAGGAGGGGGAGCGGAGGAGGAAGAGGAGGAGGAAGAGCAGCUGACCUACGCCGCACCCGAGGCUCUGUAUGGCUCCGCCCCCGACUCCCCGGGGAGGGGAGACGCUCCCAAGGCCCCCCCCAGCCCCAGCGAAGGGGAGGAGCCCGCAGCCCCCCCCCACGGCGUCACCCAGCGGCACGGGGGCAGGCGGCAGCACCCGGCUGGGGGUCCCGGCCCCCUCCCCGCCGCGGGGCAGGAGGAGCCCCCCGAGGAGCGGGAGGAGCCGGGGGACGUCGGAGGCGAGGAGGAGGCGCAGGGAGCGGCCCCACGGCUGCCGUGGGCAGCGGACGGGUACGGAUGGGGGGCUGUGGGGGGCGGGGGCCCCUCCGGAGCCCUCCGCAACGCGUCCUCGUGUCUGUCCGUCCUUUCUCCCCCCCGCUCCAGGCUGCCGGGACCCACAGCUGCCCCCCAGCCCCCGCGCUGGGCAGGGGCAGCUCAGAGGGGGGGAUCGCUGCCGCUGCCCAGCCGGCACUUCGCGCUGCGCGGCCCCGGGGGAACCAUGGAGGGGCAGCAGCUGAAACGGCGCCGGCUGCUGCCGCCGACCCCGGCCGGCCGGAAGCCAUCUUUCACCAUCCAGUGCCUGAGGCGCCAGGGGAGCUGCGAGGACGAACCCAUCCCAGGCACCUACACCCCAUCUGGGCCACCGGGUCCAGCCAGGCCGCAGGGCUACGGCAGCUCCGAGACGUGGCGCCUGGGCUCCUCCUCCCACGCCUGGGCCACGGCUCCCGCACGCGGCCACGUCCUCUACGCUCCCCUCAUCCUGGUGGAAGGAGGAGGACCCCCGGGGGGGUCGGGGGGCGGCAGCCUCCCCCCGCUGUCCCGCUGGUUCCCCUCAGGGUCCCUCCGGCUGCGGGAGCCGCUGGGCCGCGGGUCGGCCGACAGUUUGGUGGAGGCUGUUCUGAUCUCGGAAGGGUUGGGGUUAUUCGCCCGCGACCCCAAAUUCGUGGCGGUGGCCAAGCGGGAGAUCGCGGAUGCGUGCGAGAUGACGAUGGACGAAAUGGAGAGCGCUGCUGCAGACCUGCUGACCAGGAGGCACCGAGGCCCACCCCCACCCCACAGCACCGCUGCUGCCGUCUACAGCGACGAGGAGACGCUGCGGGCAGCGCCCGGGGAGGAGGAGCUGGCAGAUGAGAUGGUGUGCGUGGGGGGACCCUAAAUGGGGGAGGGCUGGGGGGGGGUGGAUCAAGAAGGGGGGCUGUACUUCAACAGAGCGGUGUUUUGCAUCAAAAAGUGGUGGUUGGUGUGAAAAGAGGGGGGGGGUUUGGCCUGAAGGGUGCUGUGGGAGGUGGCAAGGGGGGUGUGUGGACUCAAAGGGGGGGGGUUGGCUCGAAGAGGGGCGUUUAAACUCAAAGGAGCGGCAUCUGAUCUGAAAUCAGGGGUGUUUUGCCUCAAAGAGGGGUGUUCAAUAUCUGAAGAGUGAUGUUCUGUCUCAAAGAGGGGCCUUUAACCUCAAAAACACAGGGCUUUCCUAAAAAGAGUGGUGCUUUGCCUCAAAGAGGGGUAUUUCACCCCAAAACUGCGGUGCUUUGCCUCAAAAAUGUUUUUUUUUUAACCUUGGAAAGGGGAAUUUCUACCUCAGACAAUAGUGGUGGAGAGCAGAACAGGAGAAAGGGGUGGUGAAUGCCGCCAAAGGGCUUUUCACCUCCACAAAGAAUCACAGAAUCACAGAAUCAUAGGGGUUGGAAGGGACCUCCAGAGAUCAUCGAGUCCAACCCCCCUG